AUGCAUUUUGAUCUGGUUGGAAUGCCUGUUUGGAUACAAUUGUAUAAUGUCCUUUUGGAACUGUUUUUGAAGAAAGAACUUAGUUAUAUUGCAAGUGCAAUAGGUAAACCUCUCCACAUGGAUUCGAUUACGUCUACUAGAGAAACGCUUGAAUAUGUCCGAGUCUAUGUUGAGAUUUUUGCUUGUUCAAAGAUCCCAGACCAUAUUGAUGUGCUUUUAUGUGAUGAGUCAGUGGCUAGGAUUAAGGUUAUUGUACCUUGGAUGCCUAAUUCUUGUAUUGAUUGUGGUCGCUUUGGACAUUUAGAGAAGUAUUGUCCUCAGAGAAAAAAGGUAGAACAAAUUUGGAGGGAUAAAGGUUAUGUACAUGAAGUUAAGCAGGUUGUUUCUGCCACUAGUAAUGAGGCAGUAAAAGAUGUGAGUACUGGAAAUGUUAAUGGAGGAAGUAUUUCUGCUGCUACAAACUCUAAUGCAGUGACUGAACAGAUUGAUAAAGAGAAUGUGAGUACUGUAAAUGUUAAUGGUGGAAGUAUUUCUGCAACUACAAACUCUAAUGUAGUGUCAGAUGGGAUUUAUCCUGGUAAAGAAAAAGUUUGUUAUGAUAAGGUGGAUGUUCAGGUGACUAAACAAAUUGAUCAAGAGAGAGCUAUCACUCUAAAUUCUGAGCAGGGAAGUAAUCCCCCUAUUAAGAGAUAUAGAGGCAGGCUAGCUAAAGAGGGUGGAAAAACUGUUGGGGGAAAUUCAAAAAAUAAGUUUGAGAUUCUUAAUUCUAUUGAUCCUGAAAGUUUGGUGGGAGUAUCUACUGAAGAUUCUGGUAGAAAGCAAAGAGGUGUUUCUCUUGGAGUGGCAAAAAUAGUACAGGAUUUGAAGCUAAAGAAUAAAGAACAUGUUGAAAAAGUUAAAAAAUUGGAGGAUAGAGCCCCGGUUGCUGGGAAUCCAGCUCAGGUGUUUUUUCAAAAACUUAAGAGGUUAAAGAGAUGUCUAAAAGAGCUUAUUAGGGCUCGAUUUAGUGACAUUUCGGGUCAGGGUGAUGCAGAUGCUUUAUGUAAGGAAGUCUUUGAUGAUGAGAUAAAUGAAGCCAUAUGGGGACAAGGGAAUAACAAAUCACCUGGGCCUGAUGGCUAUAAUCCUUAUUUUUUCAAGAGAUCUUGA